AUGCAUCGAUAUGCGUCUCCUACCCCGGAGGCUCAAGAGCUUAUAUCUGAACUUGAAUUUGUAUGGGACCAAAUCAAGUCGAACACUUCGUCUUCAUUCUCGAAUCCGGAUCAGGGCUUAAGCGUGUCGGGCCCUACCCGGAUACCGUCUCAAACAAGCUACGACAAUAUAGGGAGCAGGGUGGCGCGACAAGGAUUUGACGAGUCAGGGAGGGGCUCUCAGUUGCGAGUGCUGAGUCCUGUAAGCCAGCCAGAUGGAGGUUCAAGGCGGCAUCGUUACGGAAGUCAGUCCGAAAAAGAACAUGAUCACAGCUCCCGAAACAGAGAUGGUGACGACACGGAAGACGACGAGGAAGAAGACCCAGACGAAGAGGAAGAGGAAGAAGAGUUCCAAGAAGCAAGGAAUAGCUUUUAUGAGAACCAGGAAUCAGGAAAAGACCCACGACUUCAACCUCCUGCCACAGCAGGACAGAGACACUACCAACGAUGGCAGAAACGCGUUGAGCAGGCCUUAACGAAGAUGACUGUCGAAGUGGCUGCCGUAAGAGAACAGUUAGAAGCGCGCAAAGCAUUUGAAAGUAGGAAAUCUGGCAUAUGGUCCUGGAUUAAGUGGUUUGCUUGGGUCGCUAUACGGCAACUCUUCUGGGACCUUGCUCUGUUGGCAAUUCUUCUACUGUAUGUCCGCAUUCGAGAUGAGAGACGGCUUGGAAGAACUCUCAAAUCAGUCUGGCUUGAGGUCAGGCAGAGAUUAUCCAGGGUUCGAAUAUUCCGCCGGCGGCCAAGUUAG